CUCAACUCUCAUGAAAUCUGCCACAGAAUGCUUCUGUCUUUGCGAUCACUAUAUAUCUCGGUUUCUCCCUAACCACACGUCAUCACAAAUCCGCAAUGGAGCGCGGGGACUGAACUAACCACUAAUCGAGGAUUUAAAGAAGUGAUCGUCUUAGAAUGAUGGAGCCACCUAGACCUUCCAUGGGGCACUCUCCCGCUGGGUACGGCCCGAACGUCAGACCCCCUUCAUUCCAGAUGCCAUCACCUUUCCACUCCAUUCUUCAAAGCUUGCCGUUUGGUGGAAGUGGAAGACCAAGGGUAAAUCAAAUCCAGUCAAGAAUCUUGCCAAUGCGCCCCCCUGUGCCACCCCCACCUCUCCUUCCCCUACCACCAUUUUCCAAAAUGAAUGAACACGCCCUUCCCAUGCAUCCUGUCCAUUUCCAAGGCAUAAUGUUUACCCAAGAAGAAGUGGACAUGGUUCUUUAUGGAUACGCAAGAAAUAAAGUUACGGAACUAUCAAAUGGUCACGCUCUUACGGGUCUGCGAACUAACGACUUGACACAUGGUAUAGAUAGAAUCCUGUCUGGAAACCAGAGUAUGACCUAUAAACAACAUGUCGUCCCCUUAGACACAUCAUCGUUAGACUUACCAGAAGGAUUAGGACUUUUUCAAAUCAAUUUUUGUGGCAUGAUGCAUUAUGGGAUACAUUGUAAAAAGACAGUCAUCUCAAAAGGAACACGGUUUGGCCCUUUCGUAGGGAGGAUCGUUCAUACGAGUGAAAUAAAAACAAACGACGACAAUACAUUCAUGUGGGAGAUUUUCCAUAAUUCUAAACUAAGUCAUUUCGUUGAUGGGCGGGGAAGUGCUGGUAAUUGGAUGUCGUAUGUUAAUCCAGCCCGUUAUGCCCAAGAACAAAACCUGAUUGCUGUGCAAUGUGAUAGUGAUAUUUACUACGAGGCGUGCAAGGAUAUUCCACAGGGUACGGAACUACUUGUUUGGUACGGGGAUGGAUAUUUGCAGUUCAUGGGCAUCCCGGUAGCUCUCAAGGACAAUUCAUGCGACACGGAGGUAGAGAAGGAGGAAGAAAGUAAGCCAAGCAAAGAAGGGUAUCAAUGUGAAAGGUGUGGGAAAGUAUUUGCCUACAAGUAUUACAGGGAUAAGCAUCUCAAGUAUACUCGAUGUGUAGAUAUGGGGGACAGGAAAUUCCCUUGUCACCUAUGUAGUAGAUCAUUUGAAAAAAGAGAUAGGUUACGGAUACAUAUUCUACAUGUCCAUGAAAAACAUAGACCUCACAAAUGUGCUGUUUGUGGCAAGAGCUUCAGUCAGUCUUCUAGUCUCAACAAACACAUGAGGGUGCACAGUGGUGAGCGUCCCUACAAAUGUGUUUAUUGCAGUAAAGCAUUUACAGCAUCUAGCAUUUUACGUACACACAUAAGGCAGCAUUCAGGGGAAAAACCGUUCAAAUGCAAGCACUGUGGAAAAUCAUUUGCAUCCCACGCAGCGCAUGAUAGCCAUGUGCGGCGCACGCAUGUCAAGGACCGAUUGUGCGUAUGUACGAUAUGUGGCAAGGGGUUCUCGCAACAAUAUGAAUUGAAGUUUCAUAUGUCAGGCCAUGGUAACGUUGCUCAGUUCGCCGGCUCGACUACACAGAUACCCACCCCUACUUCACUGCCCAAACAACAACAGCAAACACAGCACACGCACCAACAAACUCUGCAGCCAGUUCCUGGUAAGUGACCCUCUCCAACCUCCAAGUUUCGGUGGGUAUUGGGAGAGAGUACCUUCAAAUAAGGGAACAAAAUUACCUCCAACUAUGAGUCCACUAGUCCAGGCAACGAUGCACAAUGGUCACAGUAUGGCGGGAAAUAUGUGCACUCAAACAGUGCUGCGAUCUGAUAUUAGUGGAACAGGACUGACAACCAGCAGUGUGAAAGGUCAAAACGAGGCUAUUUUGUCUGACGAGGAAAUUGACAUUGAAACGCCGCCUAUCGGUGAUCAAACAAUCUCGGGCAUUGUUGUUUGAACCGCCAGAACAAUCAGUUGAGACAUGAUCCCGACGUCUUUAAACAAGUCAUUUAUUAUCCAUCCAUAAUCAAAAAUCUCUAGUCAUUGACGAGAAAUGAAAGUUGGAUCCACGGGAGCCAUUCUUCUCAAACAAAGGAUUAUAAAUCCUGUCAGUUUUUAAAAUAACAAUCACUAUGAUUUGAAAAUUAUCGAGUGAUCGACGACUUAAAAAGUCUCCAUGACAGUAUAACAAACCCGUGUAUCUGUCUCGGCCGAAAUAUUCUUACCAAAUUGUAAAUAUUUACUACAAGGUAAUUAUUAUAUAUUGUAUGACUGUGUAUAUAGAGACUGCAUUAAAUGCAUAUUAUGG